CCAAGAAGUAGAUACAGUAGGUUUGAAUAAUCGAACAGUUGGUUCAUCAACAAAACCUGGGAGACGUUCGUUUCCUGGUUUCUUGUCAAAAUUUUGUGCACGGAAUCACUUAAAACCCCCCACCUCUCCAAGCUUUCAGAGAAGCACAGAACAGAGCAGAGCUUCAUUAAGAUAUCUGAAUUCUUGAAAUGUCUGUUUCGAAUAUGAAGUUUGUUUUGGUGCUAACGACAUUGAUAGUAACCAUCCUCGGGACAUCGCUUAAUGGAUGCGAUUCCAAGGUCGUGCAGUUCAUUUUCGGGGACUCUCUUUCCGACGUUGGCAACAACAACCGGAUGUCGAGAAGCCUCGCCAAGGCCAACUUGCCGUGGUACGGCAUCGAUUUUGGCAAUGGACUCCCUAAUGGGAGGUUCAGCAAUGGCCGCACUGUUGCAGAUUUCAUUGGCGACGAAAUGGGUCUUCCGAGGCCGCCUCCGUAUCUCGAUCCGUCUCUAACGGAGGACAUGAUUUUGGAAAACGGAGUGAACUAUGCCUCAGGAGGUGGAGGGAUCUUGAAUGAAACAGGGACGUACUUUAUUCAAAGGUUUUCUCUGUACAAGCAAAUCGAGCUCUUCCAUGGAACGCAGCAAAUGAUCAGGAAAAAGAUCGGCACGGAUGCAGCUCAGAAGUUCUUCCAAGAAUCCCGGUAUGUCGUCGCCUUAGGAAGCAAUGACUUCAUCAACAAUUACCUGAUGCCAGUUUACAGCGAUUCGUGGAAAUACAACGAUGAUGCCUUCAUCGAUUAUCUGACCGAGACACUCCAGGGACAACUUGAGUUAUUGCACAGCUUAGGGGCGAGGCAGCUAAUGGUGUUCGGGUUGGGGCCGAUGGGCUGCAUUCCGCUCCAAAGGGUGUUGAGUUCAUCGGGGGACUGUCAAGAUAGGGCGAACAAAUUGGCGCUCAGCUUCAAUCGCGCCACAAGCCAGAUGCUGGAGAAAAUGUCAGGCAAACUCACCAAUGCCAGCUACAGAUUCGCCGAUGCUUAUGAUGUUGUCAACGAUGUAAUAAGCAACCCAUAUAAAUAUGGAUUCAACAACUCGGACUCGCCCUGCUGUUCUUUUGGAAGUAUCAGGCCUGCCCUCACUUGUAUUCCUGCAUCAACACUCUGUCAAGACAGGAGCAAGUAUGUGUUCUGGGAUGAGUACCACCCAACCGAUACCGCUAACCAAAUUGUCGCUAAAGAACUUAAAAAAAAGUUUGGAUUUUCACGCGUGAACAGCGGCAAUGCUCCUUCCAGUGCACCGGCCAUUGCACCAGCCUUUGCACCAUCGCCGCAAGGUUAAGUCCUUGUUUCAGUUGCAGAGAGGCCUCUACUUACGCUCGUUCCACUGUUCAGUUAGUGGAGAACCGCGUUUAGUAAUGUUCAGCGGUCGAGAUCAUGUUAACCAACAGUACAUUUUUGGUACUAGUGUGUUUGUUUCUGUCAAAGUGUCGCUUGCCAACCUGCUAUAAAGUGCUUGCUAAUCACUACCUUCUGCAUGCAA